UCUGUGUUUUUUGACUUCUCCUGCCUGCAUGAACGCUCAAGCAGUCGCCCAAAGGCCACAUCGAUGGAAGCCGCCGGCAAGAUAGUCGCCAGCUUGCUGCUGCUGAAUCUUGCCUUGUUCCUGCCAUGUCUCUCCGCCGCCGUCUCCUCCAACCUGUCCUCCCAUCCAAGCAUGCCGAAAGGACCCAUCCACCAAGACAAGCCCCACGUCGAGCGCCACUGCCAGUCCCUGCUCUCCUCCGCCGCGGAGCUCAGGUCCGAUCCUGAUAGCGCCGGCGCCCUGAAGUACAAGCUGUCCUUCGUAAAUGGCGACUGGACCCAGGACGCCGGCCAAGCUCCCCUGCUUCCCUCCCAUGGAAUUGGAAGAUACGCCGAUGCCGCGGCGGCUGGUCCUGAUGAAUCUCCUCAAGGGGUUCCCCUUGCGUCCUUCAUGCUCUUGCACAUGGACACGGUGCCGCGGCGAGGGGCUCGAGCCGCCCUCAACGCCAGCGGGAUCCUCAGCCUCACCAUCACCCGCCGCAACUGCUGCUGCUCGUACAGGGACCCAAGCGAGGGGCAGGAUUUCGAGCUCCGGCCAGGGGUCGCCAGGCUCCUUGUGCGGAUCCAGGGUGUGUACGCGGAGACGAAGCCGCCGGGUACAACUCCGGUUACCAAUUCCAGCCGGAAGCUCCUGGGUGCAACGACGAGCCGCCGCUCUCCCACGACGACGAUGCCAUGGAUCAGCAGCUCAGCAGCGCCGCCUCUCUCUUCGACAUCAUCAACCGCUCCACUCCCGACCACCACCAAGCGAUGGAAAUGAUUCCGGACUGGGACUGCAAGGGGACGCACGCGUUCUGCAGCCGGGUCGGGCCGUUCGCGACGGAGGACACGGCGGCGUUCACCCGCUCCGCCAUCAUGGUGCAGGGCCUCACGUGCGGGAGGACGACGACCGGCGCCGGCGGCGCAGCGGGGGCAAGGGCGGCGGCCGUGCUUCAGGGUAGGAGGCCUAGGAUGUGGAACGAACUGCUUGGAAGGGUCCAUGGCGUGGACAAGCAGCGGAUCCUGAACGUGUCUGCGGAGUUCACGGCAUCCCGGAACGAUUUGGUCAGCCCAAUUCCGGUGAUGUCGGUGGAGGGCGUGUACAACCCGGAGGAUGGGCGGAUGUACCUGAUUGGCUGCAGGAAGGUCCAUGCCCCGUGGCGAGUCCUGUCGAAGAGAAGAGACCUUGAAGACGGGAUGGACUGCUCCGUGGAGGUGACCGUGGAGUACCCGCCGACGACGCGGUGGCUGAUGAUGAUCGGCCAGCCGGCCAAGGUCUCCGUCGCCAGCACGAGGGAGGAAGACGACCCGCUGCACUUCGCCAGGACCGAGCUGCGCGCGCUACGCGUCAUGUACCGUGACCAGCGGUGCUGGCAUGAGGUGAUGAAGCCGAUAGUGGAGGGCCUUCUCUGCAUCACCCUGCUGUCGGCUGCUAAAGUAAUCCUUGUGCCCGUUCUGUAGGCUACUGAAGAAAAUAAUCCUAGUGUCACUGGAAAAGUUGAUGUUUCAUUCUUUUUUUGUUCCUUCCGCGGCACUGAAAAUUGGGCUUUUUUUAUAUCACUGAAAAUUGGG